AUGCUCGCCAUACAACGUCCCAGGAUGGGUUCGACGCAGCCGUCAGACCCGAAUUUGCCCUUCGGCUAUGCCGUUGAUUCUUCUCAAGACUUCUUCCUCGACCCCCCCGAGCCCGCCCCCGGCGCACCUCUCCUCUCCGACAAUGACACCAAGCUACUCAGCUCCUUCUUCGAGGACAUGACGGCCGACCACUACAACCUACCAUCGUUUGGUGAAGGCCUCAACUUCAGUGAUGCCUGGUUGGAUCUACCACCCCAGUUUAUGGGGACAGCCACGUCUUUUGGCCAGUCGCCCGCACCACCACCGCUCGCCUCCCCUGGGCAUGCCAUGACCCAUACUGACUUUUCCGACAUGAUGUCAAUGAGUUCAACUUUGAUGCCACCGCCUCCCCCUCCUCCGUCACAGCAGCAGCAGCAGCAGCAACAGCAGCAGCAGCAGCACCACCACCACCACCACCACCACCACCAGCAACAACAUCAGCAGCAACAACAUCAGCAGCAACAGCAACCGCAGCAUCAACCGCAAUCACACCCGUCUCUCGAACAGCAUGCCUCAGCCGACGUUCUCCAAGCUGCCAGCACAUUACUACACAACGGUUCAUCGUCAAGAUCAAACGCGAGCGGGUCUGGACCGAUGUUUGGCAGCAGCAGUAGGGAUGUACCGCACUCUCUCGGGCCCCCAGUCGGCCACCUCAGACAUCAGCCUAUGGAGGAUUUCAAGCGUGCUGAGCGCGGCAGCAUAGCUCAGGCUAGCCUCGUUGACGACCACGAGAGCACCUUCGCAGACAUGUUCUUCAGUCCCGCUCCGGGAGAGAGGGUUUCCGCACAACGGGCAAACCAGACUGCUAAUAUCGAUGUCCAAUGGGGCUCGGAUGCUCGCUUCAACCGCUCCAACAGUUUCGUCCCGGACCCAAAAGAAACGUACGAUGCUUUAUCCAAAGUCCAGCUGAGAUAUAUGGAGUGCCUCGAGCCAAGUCAAAGCACGGAUAACACUCGCCCACCGAGCCCCAACUGCGAGCAUGCGUUGGGAAAGGGACACAGUCGAAAGUCUUCGGAGAUUCUGAAGAAGGAGGAAGACGCGGACGCUCCUCCGCGGAAGAGGAGGAAGAGCAGAAAUACAAAAGAAGACCUCGACGAAGACGAAGAGGAAAAUGGUAUGGCAACAAAGGCGGCGAGGAAACGUAAGACCAAGGUCGAUUCGAUCCCCGCUACAUCACCAACAGAAAACGGCACAGCCGGCCGAAGACGCAAGUCGGGCACGGGAGGGGCCAAGCCGCCCCGUGAGAAUUUGACGGAAGCACAGAAGCGAGAGAACCACAUCAAGAGCGAGCAAAAGCGCCGAACCCUGAUCAAGGAAGGUUUCGAUGACCUCUGCGAACUCGUGCCAGGCUUGAAGGGAGGCGGCUUCAGCAAAAGUACCAUGCUGACCAUGGCCGCCGAGUGGCUCGAAGAUAUAAUGAAGGGCAACGAUGAGCUCAGGGCACAGGAAACCGCCCUUGUGAUCCGGUAA